UUCUCUCUCCACCAAACAUCGCUUCAUCUGGCUGCCGAUGUGAAUGCUAAGCUUCAUGCUAUACCUGUCAUGGCUAUGUUGAAAAAUAUCUUCAUCAUUUUUCAACUUCUUCCAUUGGCGAGGACCAUAAAUACCACCUUUUUACCAUGUGACUCUGAUAUUAAUGGCACCGCAGUGGACUGCUGUGACAGAACAAUCGAGUCUUUCCACUUUAUUAAGUCUCCCAACGUUGUGUCACUCAAUUUAAGUCGAACUAAGAUACGGAAAGUGGGGCAAAAUGAUUUUUUAAACCUCCCAAACCUUGACACCUUGAAAAUAAUGGGGAAUUGUCGACCAGAUCAACCGAGACCGAAACAAUUGUGCAAAAUGGAGAUCAACAAUGAUGCCCUGACGAAGCUAUUGAAGCUUAAAUAUCUGUAUCUGUCAGGAAACAGCCUCACCUCUAUUCCCCAGUUACCCCAAAACCUGAUGGUUCUUGACCUACAGAAUAAUUGCAUCUUCAACAUUGCAGAGCCAUUACACACUCCACACCUGCAAGUGCUCUACCUCAGCAAGAACUGUUAUUAUGCAAAUCCUUGUGGCCAACCCUACUACAUCAGCAAGAGUGUUUUCAGACAACUCUCUGAGCUAAAAAACCUAACCUUGGGGUAUAACAAUUUUACAGCUAUCCCUUUAGAGUUGCCACCCUCACUGGAGCUUCUGGAUUUAAGAGAGAAUGCAAUUACAGAGGUCUUAGAUGGAGCGUUUGCAAACCUGACUAACCUCAAGAGUUUGACUUUAGAGUGGAAUUGCCAGCGUUGUGACCAUGCAGCCAGGCCCUGCUUUCCCUGCCCAGACAAUAACCCUCUACUCCUAAAUAACAACUCACUCUAUGCUGAGAACAGCUCAAUCAACUUCCUAAGCUUGAGAGGAAACUCACUGAAAACCUUUCCAGUGGGGCUUUUCCAAUCUUUGAAGAAAUUGGAGAGGUUGGACCUCUCCGACAACCUCCUGGCAUAUGCUAUACGUAAUGGCACCUUCUUUAAAGAGCUGAAGGGCCUCACUUGGAUCAGCCUUAUCUAUAACUAUGAACCACUGAUGAUAUUUCCGGAAUUGAUCCUCUCCCCAUAUAUUUGCAAUAUGUCUGCUCUACAAUAUAUUCUUCUGAGUGGUAACUUUUUCCAUACGUUUUCCAAUGAAAGCGUUAGUGUUGUGUCCAAGCUUCAAAAUCUAAAGGUACUAGAAAUGAGAAUGAACUUCAUCAAUACUUCCCUACCCAUUACCUCUCUAAAACAGUUACCCUCACUCAUCAAAAUUGACCUUUCCCAAAACCUCAUUAAUUUUCUUCCUUGCUGCUCAUGUUCAUCAUCUAGAAUUGUGGCACAGAACUUGUACACACGUAAUUUUCCUGACCAAGGCCUUAUGCUAUCAGAUCACAAAUCCACAUCUGGAAGCAAUACCUGGGAAUCGAGCCAGACAAACCGUGGCGAAUUGUUGGAGCACAAUGUGAGACAAAUUAAAUUCCUCUCAGACUUUAAAGAUACCCUCUGCCACGGCAAAUUAUGGAUUGACCUGUCUCAAAAUAACAUUCUGUCUAUUUACAAAACAGUAUUUGUAGGCAUGGAAAAUGCUGUUUGUUUGGACCUUUCCUUCAAUUACAUGAGCCAGGCAUUGAAGGGCGGUCUGUUUGAUAACAUGAAGAAAUUAGUUUUUCUUAAUUUGUCAUUCAAUAGACUUGACUUAUACUACAACGAUACGUUCAGUGAGCUUAAAAACACUCUAAAGGUAUUAGACGUUAGUAACAAUGAAUUUCACUUCCAAAUGAAGGGGAUGGGCCACCAUUUUGGAUUCCUUCAAAGUCUGACAAAGUUGGAAGCUCUAAGUCUGGCAAACAAUGGCAUUGGGAUGCGUAUAGAUCCAUGGCUGAACAGCAGCUCUUUAAACUACCUCUACUUUUAUGGAAAUCACCUGGACAUUAUGUGGGAUUACGAUAACGACAAGUACACUAGUUUCUUUCACAACCUGAUAAACCUCACCUACCUUGACAUCUCUAAUAAUGAGCUGAAGUCAAUUUCAGCAGUAGUGCUUUGCAACCUCCCACAAAGCUUAGAGGAACUAAGCAUCAGCAAAAACAAGCUGAACAAUUUCCCAUGGGAAAACAUCACAGCGCUGAGCAAUUUAUCUCACCUGAACCUCAGUCAUAACUUCAUAACUUUAUUGCCUAAUAAAGUAAUAGAUUUCGGAGCAGAUUUUACCCUCUUGGACCUCAGUCACAAUUAUCUAAACUUUAUUCCUGAUGAUUUCUUCAGUGUUGCGGAAUCCCUGAAAUACCUGUAUCUCAGCCACAAUCAGAUCAAAGCGUUGAACCAUCAAUUUCUCCCUCCCCCCUUUAAAAAUGUCAGUGCCCGUCAGAUACUCACCCUGCAUGCCAACCCAUUUAAAUGUGACUGUGAUACAUCUUCGUUUACAGAUUUCUUGCGUACUACUGCGGUACAGAUUCCUUAUCUCACCACAUAUAUACAAUGUGGUUACCCAGAGUCCCAACAGGGCGCGAGUGUGCUGUCCAUUGACCAACGUUCCUGCCAGGACAUAUACGGUGGCUUAGCCUUCCUCGUCUGUUCCUUUUUGGCUGUGACCUUCACUGUUCUGCCCCUACUGAAGCAUCUCUAUGGCUGGGACCUGUGGUAUUGCCUACAAGUACUUUGGGCAGGACAUAAGGGCUACUCCCAACUUGCUGGAAGUAAUUCACGUUAUCAGUAUGAUGCUUUUGUGGUGUUUGACACCAGGAACAAGGCUGUGAGCGAUUGGGUCUACAAUGAGUUAACCGUCAAUCUGGAGAUCUCCGGUCACAGGAAUUUUUGUCUCUGUUUGGAAGAGAGGGACUGGAUUCCUGGACUUUCAUGUAUUGACAAUCUUUAUAAUGCUGUCAACAGCAGUGUCAAGACAGUGUUUGUGCUAUCUAGUGGAGCCACUGGUGGUGAAACGGUGAACGGUGUGAUUCGCCAGGCUUUCUUCAUGGUUCAGCAGCGGCUUCUGGACGAGAAGGUGGAUGCAGCUAUACUGGUCCUGUUGGAUGAGAUGUUUCCCAAACUGAAGUACCUUCAGCUGAGAAAACGGUUGUGCAAAGAUUCUGUGUUGUCAUGGCCGAGGAACCCACGGGCCCAACCACUUUUCUGGAACCGAAUGAGAAUGGCACUGUCAUCAGAUAACCUCAAAUUCUAUGAUAACAACAUGAGUGAAAGUUUUAUAUGACUUUCUUUUAUAUUCUGAUAGAGGACACUUUAGUGAAAAAGUCCUCUGCUCUUUGUCAAUAAUCUUCCCAAUACUUGAUUUUUUUUUUUAAAUCUUGCUAUUCAUAUAUAUAACCACUCUUCUACAGUGUAAAUAUUUUACUUCUCAAAAUUGUGUUUUGUUGUUUUAUCUAACAAAAUUGUUAAUUGAUUCUUUAUUUGUCUUUAGAAUGCUUUGGCCAAGAAGGGACAUGUUGCUAUUGUGGGUGCCAAGUUAGACAUGCAAAUAAACAUGCAAAUAAACUUCAACUGAUUUAA